AUGUCCCUGGCCCGGGCCUGCGAAUUGAGCCACGUUGGAUCUGUCUCGCCGCUGGAUCUGGUGUGGAUGCGAAGCCUUCGAGACGCCAAAUCGCCUCGCUGGACGAUAGCGAAGCUCCUCCAGAGGUGCGUCGUUACGAGAGAUGUGGUGGAAGAAGCAGCUCGAUGCGGGCAAUUGGGCAUGCUGCAGCUUCUGGAGAGAGAAAAGACAGUUGAAGGCAUGCAGUGGAGUAUGUCGAGUCUUAAUGAAGCUGCAGAGCAUGGACACUGGAGCGUUGUUCGAUGGCUGUUCGGGCGUCUGAAUUCUACGCUGGAAGAGAAAAUGUCAAACAAAGCUGUCGUCGAGAGCGCCGUCAAGCGCGGUAUCGGCUGGUUAUGGAGCUAUUUACAAUUGAAAGUUUCCCUAGCUGCCCUGAGGCCGAGUGGCCAAUUCGAACGGAGAUUAUAA